AUGGGGAAUUGCUGUGGAACGGCUGGAUCUUUGAUUGUUAAUGAAAAGCUAAAGAAAGGUUUAAAACUUGCAAAUCCUUUCUCCAUCGACUACGGUCACCGCCACGACGGCGAGAAGCUUGUUGUCCUCAAGGAGCCAACGGGUAGAGAGAUCAAGCUGAGAUACAAAUUAGGUCGGGAGCUAGGUCGAGGAGAGUUUGGUGUAACGUAUCUAUGCACAGACAACGAGACCGGAGAUGUUUUUGCCUGCAAAUCAAUCUUAAAGAAGAAGCUGAGAACGGCUGUGGAUAUAGAUGACGUUAGGAGGGAAGCUGAGAUCAUGAGGAUUAUGCCUGAGCAUCCAAAUAUUGUCACGUUGAAAGAGACUUAUGAGGAUGACAAAGCUGUGCAUUUGGUUAUGGAGCUUUGUGAAGGUGGUGAGCUUUUUGAUAGGAUUGUGGCUAGAGGUCAUUACACGGAGAGAGCUGCAGCUUCGGUUGUUAAGACAAUCAUGGAAGUUGUUCAGAUGUGCCAUAAGCAUGGUGUAAUGCAUAGAGACUUAAAACCUGAGAACUUCUUGUUUGCAAACAAAAAGGAAACUGCAUCUCUAAAGGCCAUUGAUUUUGGUCUCUCUGUUUUCUUUAAACCAGGUAAUACUUUUUAUCUUAGAUGCUUGGCCAAGAAGCAAUAUUUUAACCUAAAAUUGUUUAUCUUUGCAGGUGAGAGGUUUAAUGAAAUUGUUGGGAGUCCAUACUACAUGGCUCCUGAGGUGUUAAAGCAGUGUUAUGGACCAGAGAUUGAUAUUUGGAGCGCAGGAGUAAUCCUUUACAUAUUGCUAUGUGGUGUUCCACCUUUUUGGGCAGAAACCGAUCAUGGAGUAGCCAAAGCGAUUCUACGGUCUGUGAUUGACUUCAGAAGAGACCCCUGGCCUAAAGUCUCUGCCAAUGCAAAGGAUCUGAUCAAAAAGAUGCUUCAUCCUGACCCAAAACGUCGUCUCACAGCUCAACAAGUCCUUGAACAUCCAUGGAUACAAGAUGGUAAGAAUGCUCCAAAUGUUUCAUUAGGUGAAACCGUAAGAGCAAGGCUUAAGCAAUUCACAGUUAUGAACAAGCUCAAGAAAAGGGCACUCAGAGUUAUAGCUGAGCAUUUAUCGGAAGAAGAAGCAUCAGGCAUCAAAGAAAGGUUUCAAGUGAUGGACACUAGCAAUAGAGGAAAGAUUACCAUCGAUGAGCUAAGAAUCGGAUUGCGUACACUAGGAAUUAUCGUUCCUCAAGAUGACAUUCAAAUCUUGAUGGACGCGGGAGAUGUUGAUAAAGAUGGAUACUUAGACGUUAAUGAGUUCGUAGCCAUAUCGAUACACAUCAGGAAGAUGAGCAGUGACGAGCACUUAAAGCAAGCCUUUACGUUCUUUGACCAAGACAAGAGUGGUUACAUCGAAAUAGAGGAGUUACGAGAAGCCUUGGCGAAUGAAUUUGAUAAAACUAGUGAAGAAGUUCUUGAAGCCAUUAUACUUGACGUUGAUACCAAUAAGGACGGAAGAAUAAGUUAUGAAGAGUUUGCAACGAUGAUGAGAACAGGAACGGAUUGGAGAAAAGCUUCGAAGCAGUUCUCGAGGGAUCGGUUUAAGAAUCUUAGUUUCAAGCUGAAGCAAGAUGGGUGCUUGCAGUUUAAUAAUGGCAAUACAGUGUAG